AUGUCAGAGCUCCGACCAUGGGCCGGAAAGGACCUUGCCAUUGCUACCGGAACGUACGCACAUCGGGUGAGGGACCGAGUCAUCCCCGGCUCUGAUGCCGCUGGAGACAUCGUCAUGGUUGGCAAAGAUGUCCGCGGAUUCGCUAUAAGUGACAAGGUGGUCAUCGCCUAUGACCAGAAAACACGCACUGGACCGAUCAAGUCUUGGAAUUGGGGCCUAGGCGGCCCAAUCGAUGGCGUGAUGAGAGGAACUCAGUCCACGCUAAUCGGGGACCGCCGUAUCGUCGUUCCACGCGACCUUAAAGCUGUCAUGGGAGCUAUCAUUGUUCACGACACGGAACUCGAUAUCGCCACGGCGUUCCUCGAGCACAGCGGGCUGGCCCCGGCUAGGGAUCGUCAGCAUGUGUCUCGUCGAAUAAAGCUUCUCGUUGGAGAUCCAUGGUGCGCAUGA